ACAUCCGCUCGUUUACACAGACGCCCCCAUCCACGCGCAAUCGGUCUACUCAUUUCCCACCGGCUGGACCUCCCCCAUGCCUGAGCCAGUGUGUGGUGGCGAGACAAGCCUACUGUACCGCCAGAGUCCGUGAGGGGAACAGUUGCUUGCUGGGCAGAUUAGACGAUACCAGUCGGGAAGGACGCGGCACGAAGAGGACCAAACAGACCCACGGUCUAUGUUCCCCCGCGUGGAUGGAUGGACCGAGAGAGAAUACAACCUGGACCUGCAGUGCAGAACUGGCUUUUCAGGCUACCUUUGAUUCAACGCAUUUUGUUGACGGUCAGUCCUCCCUAGUCCUGGAUCCAGAGCUCUCUGUCUCCGCCCCGGCCCCAGAGGACUCCCCCACACACCUAGGCACCAUGACCCAGGAGGGGCAGGGACACCCCCAGACUGAACCCCCUACAUCCACAGACAGCCAAGGGGAGACGCCAGCCCACCCUGCAGAGAAGCCAGCCACAAACCAAGGGCUGGAGGGGCAACGUCUGGAGGUGGAGGGGAUAGAGGGGACUAAUGAGAAGGAAGGGGAAGAAAGUGUUACGGUACAAAGGGAAAUACACAGAGAAAGAGAAGGUGAGGAAAGUGGAAAGGGAGAGGGUGAUGAGGUAGUUGAGGGAGUGGAACAAGUGAUGCAGGGAGAAGGAGAGGUGCAUGAAGAGAGAGAGAGUAUGGCAGAGACAAGUGAUGAAGAAGAUGGAGUGGGGGAUGAGAGGAUAGAUGCAGGGGAUGGUCAGCCAGACAGAGAGCUAGAGAGAGAGGAGGAGAGGGAAGAAAGGGAGGAGGAGGUGGAGAAAGAGGGGGAUAACAUGAACACAGAGGCCACAGAGGAGUCAGAACCAGCCUGCGAGCCCGGCUGUGAGGAGGAAGAGGAGGAGGAGGGUGAGGAGGAGUUACCUCCACCACCACCACCUGAGGAUCAGGAAGAAGACCAGGACCAGGACCAGGACUUACCAGACCCACCACGGUCUCUGGACAUAGUCAGGCUGGACAAUGGGAUAGGACCUGAGAAUGGAAUCAAAGGGCAUGAAGAGGAGGAUGAUGAAGAUGAUGAAGAUGAAAGAGAAGGAGGCGGCUUAGUGGAGGUCAUCCAUGAACACCUGGACACGUUCAGCUCCACCUUCGAGUGUUCCGUAGAGCUGGCGGACACAGAGGUGGAGGAAGAGGAGGAGGAGGAAGGGGAGGGAAGGGAGAACCAGGACAGCUUCAGCUCUGUGUUUGAACGCAUCGUGGAGCAUGUUGUCGCCAUAGAGGGGGAGGAAGAGGAAGAUGAGGAAGACGGGGAGGGAGAGAGGGAGAAGAGCGGGAUGGACAACAAGGACGGCUUCAGCUCGACGUUUGAGCGUAUUGUUGAGUCUGCGCUUCUUCGUGGGGGGACGUGCUACAGUAGUCUAGACUCCCUGGAUGUCCUGUCACUCACAGACGAGACAGACAGCUGUGUCAGCUUCGAGGCUCCGCUCACCCCCCUCAUCCAGCAGAGGUCCUUUCUCCAGAGUCCUGAGCCUCUGGAGCUGGAACUAGCCACUGUCAUGGAGCAGGAGGGAAGCGAGGCUGGACCCGAGGCCCAACGAGGAGAGCCUGAGCCUGGGGAGAGUGUUGCAGGCCGUGAGCUUGGAUCUGGAGGAAGCCCACUGCGGACCACCAUCACCGGGACCAGGUCGGAGUUUGUCCUGAGCCAGCCUGGCCGAUGGGCCAUCCCAAAUGGGUUUCACAUGAACACCCAGGGGGGAGCGGAGGGUUCUGGAGCCAUACCCAACUCUAUGAGUGAUACCAACGUCACUGACGUGCUGUCGGACUCGGACUCGGAGCUGAGCGGUCUGGAGCAGCUGGAGAGAGGCAGCACGGACACCCUGGCCAACAGUUGCCGUGCCGAAUGUAACGCCGCCAAACGCCUUGCCAAGCGCCUGUUCUACCUGGAGGGCUUCAAACGCUGCGAUGUGGCACGCCACCUGGGAAAGAAUAAUGAGUUCAGCCAGCUGGUGGCGUCAGAGUACCUCAGCUUCUUUGACUUCUCUGGUCUGUCAUUGGACAAGGCCCUGAGGAACUUCCUGAAAGCCUUUCCUCUGAUGGGGGAGACCCAGGAGAGAGAAAGGAUCCUGGUCCACUUCUCUAAGAGGUUCUGUGUCUGCAACCCCACAGCCCUCGCCCCCGAAGGAAAGGACAUAUCCGAACGGAAUGAUAAUGAUGAAGAAGAUGAUGACGGAGCCCAUACGUUAACCUGCGCCCUAAUGCUGCUCAACACUGAUCUACAUGGACACAACAUUGGGAAGAAGAUGUCUUGCCAGCAGUUCAUCAGUAAUCUGGAUAGCCUAAAUGACGGCAAAGACUUCCCUAAAGACCUAUUAAAGGUGUUGUAUAAUUCAAUAAAGAACGAGAAACUUGAAUGGGCAAUUGAGGAAGAGGAGUUCAGGAAGAGUCUAUCAGAGCUGGUGGAGGAGCAGUGUGAGGGAGGGGGGAAGAGGGGGGUUGCCAGGGUAACGGAUGGCAAUAACCCUUUCAUCGCCAUCCCCAUCCUACUCAACGCUGUCACCUAUAAACAUGGUAGACCCAACGUCCUCAAACUAAAGACCUCUGACUGGAGAGUGUUCCUACUGCAGGCACCGAGUGAGGAGGAGAUGAUGUCAUGGAUAUUUCGUAUUAACCUGGUAGCAGCUCUGUUCUCUGCCCCGGCCUUUCCUGCUGCCAUCGGCUCCAUGAAGACGUUCUGUAGACCUCUACUGCCCUCCUCUUCUACCCGGCUAAACCAGGAGGAGCAGCUGCAGUUUCACGAGGGGAAGCUGAAGCAGAUGAGUAUGGAGGUGGAGGAACACAGGAAGAGUCCGCCCUCGCCUUCUCCCAAGAGCAGAGAGUGGGAGGAGUACCGAAUCAAAGAGCACUACCUCAUAUAUGAGAAGAGUCGGUACGAGACGUAUAUCAACCUGCUCCAGGCCAAGAUGAGGGCAGAGACAGACGACCUGGAGAAGAUAGAGGCUAGCGUGMUGAGCGGGAUCGGSGAGGGCCGAGGGGGGCGCGAGGGCUACCUCCGGAAGACCCAGUCCUCUCCUUCCAUCAGCCAGCACGAUGUCAAUGGCAGGGCCUCUGGACGCACUGCCCCGGGCCAGCGGAGUUGAGAGGAGACCCCCCU